AUGCAACGCUUCAAAGAUUUCUAUCUUAACGGCUCCGCAAAAGAGAAAGCUCCUCGCACCGAGAGCAUCCUCCCGCAGCUCUGGCAAAGGGGAAUUUUUGAGAACCAGGCUGAAAUAACCUUUGUGGGAGGAGGGGGCGGGCUCAGCGUAACUCGAAACUUUCCUCCCGGCGCGGCUGAGCUGCCGGGGGUAUAUUUAGAGCCGGGAUCGGCUCCGGAGCGGGGCUUGGGAGGCAAAGCCCUCACCUCAAAAAGUCCCGCCACCACCGGGGCACCCUCCCCCGCGGAGAGACCUGCCUCUAACCUGCCUCUUUCCCAAGCAAAACCAGCCGAAAUCCCGCAGUUUCACCUCACCGCCACUUUCCGCCCGGACUUACUUUAUUUCCCCCUUUGUAUUUUCCUCGGCGCCGCGCUCUCUCCGCCACAAAGAAAAAUGCUCGUCUCUAUUUUAAAGGUGGCAAAAGGACCAGAGCUGAGAUCCACAAAUGAAGAAUUGAGUGUUCACGUUGCCCAGGCUCGAAGCCAGCACGAUAUUUCAGUUGCAGUCUGUAAAUCAUGCAGUCACUCGUCUACAUUGUUUCUGGAUUGGAGCUGGCACUUUGGAGCUGGUGGGAAGAACUCCUGGUUGUCUUCACCUAUCCACCUACCUGUAGGAAUAUUUGAAGCAUCAAAUCUACUGUGCUGUUUACAACUGUGUAACAGGACGCUCUGCAAUGUAAACCUUCAGCAAACGUCGCAAGCGAAUGCCUGUGGAGCUCACCCAAUUUCUGGGAGGAAGGAGAAGACAAGGGGUGUCUACACGCAGUUGCAGCACGGAGGAGGAAUAUCCAAGUUGGCUCCAAACAAGCUGAUUGAGGUGUUGAGGAGCAGCCAGGGCUGGAAAAUGGAGCUCAGCAAGGGCUACCUGUGUGGGGUUCGUGGGAAGACUCAGAUUGCAACUCAAGUUCGGCCUGUGAGCUUUACAGGAUUUACAAGCAAGCUUGGCCCAGGGCCCAGUUUUGAGAAAAGUUGGACUCCAGUAACAGUAUUUCUUCAAAAUUAAGUGAGGCUUGAAGCUGGGUUUUGAAUUUUUGCCUUUUUUUGAGUCUGAAACUUAGGAAGCCAAUGACAUCCUGAUGCAUGUGGAAGAAAAGAAUGCAGGAGUUAGUUACUCCAGGAGUGAUGUGUUAUUUACUCACCCUGCUCUUAUUUCAUCUAGUUAUUUAUGGCUUAAAAAUGCAUUUAUGUACCAUGUAUUUAAAAAAGAUGCAGAAUAUUGAGAAAUCUCGACCUCAUCCUACAAAUGUGUGGAUGUGAGUAAUUGUGCUCAGAUGCAUUCCCACUAGCUUUGACAGGAAAGUGGGAUUGACUUAAAAAUAAUGCUAGCAGAAUUAAGUUUCCUGAUAUUUCUCCAUCCUCCCAUAAUCCCGAAAAAAAAAAAGUAUAAACAUAGUUUCAUCAUGAAAUUUUAAAAAGCCAUUAAAAUCUCUGAAGUGGUCAGUUCCUUUACAUUUAAUAAUUAUACUAUUUUCUACAGAGUCACGUUUCAAACAAUAUUUUAAAUUUGUGGUUUUUACUUCACAGUAAUGUUGCACUGCAGAGUUUUUUAUAAUUUAUCUGUGUUAAGGUUCCUAAAGAUCUAUUACAGCUGACAACUCCUCUGUUUUUAAGCACUGAAAUAUAGACUUGAAUGACAAACCAUGAAAAUAAAUCUUUCUUCACUCUUACUUCACCUUAUUCUAAACAUCUUGCCUGUCAUAUCUGACCGAGACCUUUCUGGGAAGGAGCUUUGAAAGUUUGCUUUGCAUCUACUUGGUGGGCUUGGCAGUGUUGAGUUUAUGGUUGGACUCGAUGAUCUUAAAGGUCUUCUCCAACUUAGAUGAUUCUAUGAUUCCAUCCAUGAUUCUACUGAAAUUACUGUGAAUCUUUCAAUUGGCCAUGGUGGUCCAUAUGUCAGAAAUAAAAAUUCCUAUUGCAAAAAUAUGAAAUUUAUUUUGCGUCAAAGGCUUCUUCUCAGUUCAAUAUAUCAGUAGCAAGUAUUAAUUCAGGAUUAAGCUUUUCUCUUGAAUUUCAAUUUCUGGAUAUGUUAUUUAUAUUUUUGUAAAUGAUUUACCCUGACACAAAACCAGCAUGGGAGACAAAAGAGUUGGGCCUUCUGUCUCUUAUCCAUUUAAAAA